CCUCAGGAAAAUAAAUAUUCAAGUUUUUGGAAUAACCGCUAGCUUCUCCCAAGUUUGAUUUGCUUUGGUUUCACAGAAUGCAUUUUGAAGAAGUGAAUUGCUCUGAGGUAGGUUCGGAAGCCGUGAUAGAAUACAUGGCUGAGGAUGAAGAAGCUGUCUUGAUGUCUAACAAUGGUUCCCCAGUCGAAACAACGAUUCCAGAAACCGUACAGCCAGUUAAGCGGAAAAUUCCUAUUAUUCGGAAACCGGGCGAAAUCGUAACACCAAUUCGCGUGCAGGCCUUAGCCAAUUUCGAAGUGGGCUCAUCCAAUAGCCGUACCCCGAGACCCACACUUACGGCACGGGUCAAACCAGAAUGGACAAAAGUUAAAGCUCCCUCACAAACAUUGUCACUGGCGGCAACGGAACCUACCUUGGACAACUCAAACCGAGUUAUAAUGCGAGCCAAACCGAUACAACGGAGCACUUUGUUUAGCAGGGAUGUAUCUAACCCUUCUUCGCAGCAUACAGAGCAAACCCAGAUGGAUCGGAUCGAGCAGAAAAUGAACGAAAUAUUGACCAGACUUGAACAAAACGAGACUGGCAUCCUACAGAUAAAAAAUAGCAUAACGGAUUUUACAAUCGAACUGAAGAAUUCAAUUACCGAGCUCAAAGAACAUAUCGGAAAACAAUCGGAAGGCUCCAUCCAAGAAGAAACUCCCAAAAUUACUCGCCCGCUUCCAUCAGCCAAACGAAAACGCCUGGUAGUUUUCCCGGUUGCGGAUGACAAUUACCUGCUUCGAUUGGAAGAGCUUGUCGGCACGGACGAGGAAAUCCAAGAGGAUCUGACUUCACUCUUCCGCUUGGCGCCGACGAACAGUGCGUACGAAUUCCUGCGGUACAACGUGGCCGCUCUGUUCAAGAACUGUUCGAGGUACACCUGGACCGGGAAACCGUCUAACUCGUGUCCCAACUAUCCACCCUGUAAUUCCGCGUGCAACCUCACACUGGUGGCCCAUUUGAUAGGCUGUGCCGCGGAGAUUUUUCCGUACGCGACUCGGGAUAGCAUUUCCAAGGAAUUUCGGCGCGCUUUGGAGAAUUUCAACGAUGCCAUGAAGCGCAAGCGACAUGCAGAGAAAUUUCAGGCGAGCAGCGUGGCGGAGGAAUCCAAUGGAGCUGGUGACGAUGAAUAGGAUGCUGAAGCUUGGCUGCUGGUGUAUUGCUUUUGAUAAGGAUUGACAAGUAAACCUAACGUGGAAGUAUUAGGCUUCGAAAAUCGAAAGAAGG